GGGGCUAUUACGCUUUUAGAGAAAGUCAAAGCCAGGUUUGUCGACGUAGCUGGUUUUCGUGGUUUUUCUCAUUUUAAGUCCUAGUGGACUUUUGCACGGAUCAAAAAGGAAUAUUUUGUAUUCUAUAAUAUGGAGACUAAACUGCUCGUCACUGUGCUGUUUUUCGUGGCUGUUCACGAAGCCGUUUCACAAGUACAAACAAUAACUCCAGUGGUGAAUAAUGUCCAAAACGGAGUUGAUAUCCAUGACGUACCAGUGAUCAAGGAAAAACCAAAGAAAGUGAUUCGUUACAAGCUCAUCAGAAUGUCGGAUGAAGACAUCAAAAAAGAAGAAGAAGCCAAGAAACAAAAAGCUUUACAAGAUGAAGUACACAAGGAGUGGAAAAAAACUCGAGUUGGCMCGUCUAGCGUUUUUGUUGGAAAGAAYAAGUCACUUGUAACAAGCAAGAACGAACAUAAGGUCAAAACCGUUAACGAAGCUGUCAAGAACCAACAUAAGCCUCUGGAAACAAAGGAAAACGCUUUACAUAAAGAAGAAGACAAAGAAGAUGAGGAAGAAGAAGAAGAUGUGGAAGAACAAGGAAGCGGUGCUGAUAACAUGGAGAACGAGGGAAGCGGGCAAGAUCAGCUUACUGAAGAGUCCAAAGAUGAGUCUGAGGCAAAGAAACCCGAGGCAGAGGAAAAGGUUGUCAAAGCCCCUGAGUCUCAUAAGGACACCCCAAAGAAAAUCAAGGUUGCUAAGAAACCAGUUCAUCUCACGAAGAUCCACCACCACAAACAACAUCACCACAAACACCACCACAAGCACCACCAUGUCAAGAAAACCAAGAACCCCAUCAAAGCUAUCAUCAAAAAGCARAAGAAACACACUAAAUCAUAAACCUAUGACGUCAUCGUUACCAUGGAAACRGAGUCCAUUAUACUAUUGGGACAUAAAUAGUGUUGCCAAGGCAACUGACAUGACUUGCUGGACUUCAAGAACGUUAUAUAUACUUGCAUAAGUGUUUGGGAGUUCUAGAACGUGAAAAAAAUGUUUGGUUUGGAAAACUGAGUUUAGUAGGAAAAAAAUGUACAUUUUUUCAAAGUGGAAUAGAACUUGUUUUUAAGGCUUAGAUGCGUAUUUUUAACUUUUUAACUUUCUUGAUUAGUUUAGAAAAGAGAGAAGCUAAUUAAUUAAGCUUUGUUUAAUUUCAACAAUCAACUUAUACGAUUCUCAAUUACCUCAAUUAGUAGAUCUUAUAAGAAAUAAAAGUCUUAAAUUAUAAA